AUGUUCGGACAUCCAAGCUACAAGCCCAUCUCCAUCCCUUCGCCAUCCCCUUCCACUCGUUCCAAAGCCAUGUACGCACCUCCGCGCUUCCUCACGGGCAAGUUCUUCAUCUGGCUCUGUCUUUUCCUCAUCGGCUUCCCCAUCCUCCUCUGGAACCACCCUAACUUAGAGAACCUCUCCGUUCCGUAUGCCCGACCCCAACCGCGACCCAACGCCCAAUUCGCUGCCCACGGCGACUCGAAAUGCUUACCUGAAGUGUCGGCUGAACUCAUCGAAGCAGCAACUGCGAAACGCGCUACUUGUCGGAAGUACUCACCUUUUGCAACGGGGCGGGCGCGCAUCGCGACUGUGACGGCGCAUUUCGGCAAGCCCCAGGAACAUUAUCAGAAAGCGUUCAAGACGCAUCUCCAACAUGCCUUGGUGCAUGGUACGGAGGUCAGGGUGAUGUGCGAUCCGAUCAUAGAUGAUCUGUGGAACAAACCCGCUUUCAUCCUCAACCUACUCAUGCGGGAGAUGUUGAAGCCAGAGAAGGAGCGGUUGGAAUGGAUACAAUGGGUUGAUCGUGACACCAUCAUCCUCGAUCAAUGCCGUCCGAUAUCCAGUUUCCUGCCACCAGAGAAAGCGCGCUUCGGGUCCUGGUGGCGUCGCUCCUCCUCUUCCGACGACGGCAACGAAGACGAUAAGCAAGCCCCAGCACCAGCAAAUACAACAAACCUCCUCGUAACACGCGACUGGAACGGUCUCAACAACGGCAUCUUCCUCCUCCGCGUCAACGCGUGGGCCAUCGAACUCUUCACCGCCAUCCUCGCAUUCCGCCACUACAAACCGGAGAUCGACCUCCCCUUCACCGAGCAAUCUGCCAUGGAAGAGGUUCUGAAAACAGAGCAAUUCAGAGACCAAGCGAGAUAUGUGCCGCAACAUUGGUUCAACGGGUAUGAAGAGGAGGGCACGCAGAAGUUUCUGGAGAGGGAGGAUGUAGAGGGGUUGAAGGAACGGGAUGUGAGGAGGGGGGAUUACCUGGUUCAUUUUGCGGGGAGGGGGAACAGGGGCACUUUGUUGAUGGCGUGGAGUGGUAUGUUGGAGGGGGCGGGGGAUGUCUGGGAGGAGGGGAGGGUGCAGAGAGAUGUUUCGGGUGAGGUCGCGGAGUUUUGGAGGGAGCUUGGGUAUGGGGUAUGA